AUGUACGUUUUGCACACUCUGUUGCAUGUUGCGUCGCUGACAAUUUUUGCCAAUACAUGUUGCACUUGGCAAAUAUUUGCAGACACGUACACAGGACGUAUCUGCAUCGCCGUGAACCCUUACCAAUGGCUGGAUCUGUACUCCAAGCAAACAAUGGAGAAAUUCAGCGACGGCAAGCGGGAAAACAAGCCGCCGCACGUGUACGCCGUGUCCAUGGAGGCCUUUUUCAACAUGCGGCAGAAACAGGAAAACCAGAGCAUCCUCGUCUCUGGUGAAUCCGGAGCUGGCAAAACGGAGACAACCAAGAUCGUCAUGAGCCACUUGGCAGCUCUUGCCACCAACUCGAACUCGAAAGUCAUCCAGCAAAUUAUCCAAGCCAACCCGCUGCUGGAAUCUUUCGGUAACGCUAAGACCGUGCGCAACGACAACUCCAGUCGCUUCGGUAAAUUCACGGAGCUUCAGUUCACAAUCGAAGGCCAAUUAAUCGGCGCCAGGUCUCGCACGUAUCUGUUGGAAAAGAGUCGCGUGACGACUCAAGCGGAUGGGGAACGCAAUUUCCACAUCUUUUACCAAUUAUUGGCGCAACGUAAACAGUUUCCCGACCUGGAACUCGACAUGGUUGAGUCGUUUAAGUACGUUUCCGAGCGAGCCGAAGCCCCCGGAGGCGACGAAGAAGGCGAUCUCAGUCGCACCCGUGAAGCUCUGGAGCUCGUGGGCAUUGAGCAGCCCUUGCAACAGGAAAUUAUCCAGAUUCUGGGCGCUGUGUUGCAUCUGGGUGAGACGGAAUUCACUACUCGCAAUGGAGACGUGGAUGCGUCGCAACUGGUGGAUUUAAAGCAUUUCACUGUGGCCUGUCGUCUUCUGGGCGUUGAGGUGGACGCUCUGGAGCGCGCAGUGUGCAACCGCAACGUGUUUGUGGGUCGAGAAGUGAUCCUAAAGCCCAUGACGCACGACCAGGCGGCGGAUUGUCGCGAUGCGCUGGCCAAGAGUUUAUAUUCCAAGCUUUUCUUGUGGCUGGUGGAGCAGAUUAACCAGACGAUCGGAGUGAAAACGACCGGGGCGGGGUCAUUUAUCGGUAUUCUGGAUAUCUUCGGCUUCGAACACUUCGAGACCAACUCGUUCGAGCAGUUCUGUAUCAAUUACGCCAACGAAAAGUUGCAACAGAAGUUCGUACAGGACGUGCUCAAGACGGUACAGAUCGAGUACGAAGAGGAGAACAUCUCGUGGUCGCACAUCACGUUCGCAGACAACCAGGACGUGCUGAAUCUCAUCGAAGGCCGGUUGGGUGUCAUCAGCUUCUUGAAUGAGGAAUCGCUGCUCGCCACGGGCACAGACGCGUCGUUCGCGAGUAAACUGGGCGCUGUGAUGGAGAAUAACCCGCUGCUGGAGACUCCCAGACUUAAUAAGUGCGCCUUCUCCAUCUACCACUACGCCGGAAAGGUGACGUACGACGCGUCAGGCUUCCUGGACAAGCACCGCGACGCCAUUUUGCCCGAUAUCAAGCAGUGUAUGAGCAAGUCGAAGCUCAAAAUCCUGUCCAAGAUGUUCACGGACGACGUGAAUGCCAGUAGUACCGGUAAUACCGGCUCCACUGCUCGUGGUAGAACACGCAGCAGUAGCACGAAGAAAGGAGGACACGCACAGACACGACGAACUACCGUCGGCACGCAGUUCAAGGAGAGUCUGUCACAACUUAUGGAGAAGAUCGGCCUCACUGAGGUUCACUAUGUGCGUUGUUUGAAGCCGAACCCGCUGAAAAGCGCCAACUGCUUCUCGCACGGCGACAUUGUGAGUCAACUGCGUUGUGCCGGCGUCAUUGAAGCCAUCCGUGUGUCUCGCAGUGCGUAUCCGAGUCGUAUGCCUCACUUGGAGUGCUUCAAGAAGUUCCGCGUGCUGUUAACUGGCGCUGUGCCGACGCAGAAUAAGUUUAUCAGCGACUCGGACACGGAACACAUCAAGACUCAGUGCGAAGAGCUGAUGGACAAAUUGUUACCGGGUCGGAACAUCCAGGAUUACCAGGUGGGACUCACGCGCGUAUAUUUCCGCGAAGGAGUGCUGGAAGAACUCGAGACCAAGCGCGGCUGGGCGCUACGCAAGUACGCGAUCGUGUUGCAGAAGAACGUGCGGUGCUGGCUCAUGCGUCGCCGUUAUCUGCGUCAGAAGCAGCAGAUCGUGGUCAUCCAGAAGUAUUGGCGGCGCUAUGUGGUCCAUAAACGCUACUUGACGCUACGUCGAGGUGUAGUGUUGCUACAGGCGCAAGCUCGCGGCGUCGCGGCGCGUAAAAUGUACCGCGUGCUCAAGUUCGACUACUGCAUCGUGCGGUUCCAGGCGUACUGUCGUAUGCACACGGAGCGUCAACGUUAUCUCAAGAAACUGGCUGCUGUUCGAAGACUACAAGGGUUCUUCCGCUUCUCUCUGCUGCGUCUCGUGUUCCUAAGGAAGAUGGAGAAGGAGAAAGCGUACAAGGAACUCGGAUCCAAGGUGGCGCAGCUGCAGAUGAAGCUGGACAGGAAACAGGUGCAUACUGGAGCCAAGAUGUCUCCGUCCGCCAAGAACCGGUCGUUGAGUCCGUCCGACGUGCCGCACGCGUCCGGUCCCGGCAGUACCAGUAGCAGUAGCUCCACGCGUGGUUCGAUGCUCAACAGCCGGUUCAGUGGCACUAGUGGCAUCUUGGACGAGAGCAACGAAGUGAUCACUGCGCUUCACGAAGAGAACGAGAAGCUUCGUCAGCAAUUGGAGAAGCAGGAAGCGGAGAUUCAACGACUGAAGACUGAGAACCGGACGCUCAAGAACUGGCAGCAAAGUAAAGAAGUGGGCGAACAGGUGCAGAAACUGGCACACAGAGACCAGGAGAGCAAGGACCUAACGUAUCUGGCUGCGAUCGAGACGGAGUACGAGAAGCUGCGCGCGUACAUCUGCGAGUCCCGCGAUCUACCGACGGAUGUGGGCAGCAUCACGCAGGCCAACAACGCGCCGCCAGCUACAGGCGGUCGCAGCUCGUUGACGUCCGUGGCGUCGGAUAAGUCGCUGCUUGCGACGGCGGCGGCGAACGGCAUUAUGGACCAGAAAUCGGCUGAGGCGCAUCAUUUGUUGAUGAAGAGUGCGGCGCGUAUUGCACACGCCAAGAGUAAAGUGUCCAGUAAGGGCAAUGCACGUCGCGUUAAGGAUCAUUGGGAAGAGAUCCGGAACUUCCCGCCGCCGAUGCACUACUCGUUGGGCUCUGUGCCGUGGAAGCGGCUGCUAACGGACUGGGCGCAGGGCAACCCGAAGAAACUCGACUACAUGACACGCUGGCUCAAGAACGUCUUGGACGGCGGGCCGAUCGUCUCGGACACGUUCCCGAUGGGUGUGGAGCUCAAGUACGUGACGCCCAUGAUGCUGGAUGGGUUUAUGCAGUUGGUGAUCCCCAAGCUGGCCGAGCGACCAGAUAUUCAGGUGCAUGUGCAUACGAAGGAGUUCAUCGGAACGAGUAUGCGGAUUACUCUGUCACAGUUGGAGCAGCAGGGCAGUCAGCGUACACCUGCCCACCCGAGAAUGGAGCGCUCGGCGCCGAUGGAAGUGGAGGAUUUCCAGCGCAUUUCUAUCCUCGCCAACUCCAAUAGCCGCAACUCGAGCAGUCGGAUGUCUGCGUCGACGUUGAGUCUGUCGCCCAUGGAGUCGAGUUCGGCGAUUUCGUCGGGUAGUCCGAGCAGCUAUCGCUCCAGUAUCUUCCGCUCCGGACGCAGCAACCACAGCGGUGAACACAGCGCACGUAACUCGUUCUUCCAUCGGAACAAGUAG